AUGGAAAGCUUUCACGACAAGGAGACCUACGAUCCCGACGGCAUCGGCGACGAGUCUGUCUUGGUCAGGAUUGGAGACAAGGAGUCCAUGGAGAAAGUUGACCCAUCGCAGAAGCCCCCGUACUCCUACGUCGCUUUAAUUGCGAUGGCGAUAAAGGAGAGCCAGGAGAAGAGGCUCACCCUGAAUGGUAUCUACCAGUACAUCGUCGCCAAGUUCCCUUACUAUGAAAAGAACAAGAAAGGUUGGCAAAAUAGCAUUCGGCACAACCUCAGUCUGAACGAGUGUUUUGUUAAAGUCCCCAGAGAAGGAGGGGGAGAGAGGAAAGGGAAUUAUUGGACCUUGGACCCCGCUUUCGAAGAUAUGUUCGACAAAGGGAACUACAGAAGGAGGAGGAGGAUUAAGCGGCCGUACAGAACGUCUCCAUCUCCGUUUCUGCCCGCGAAACCGUGCGUGAAUUACACGGACCCAUUUUAUUACCAGACUCCCAAGUACCUGCAGUCUCCCUUCGGGGCCAAUUCGUGGUCGAUGGGGCAAGGCGGGUCAAGUGCGCCCGUCACCUACCACCAGUCCUGUCAGGCGGCGAAUGGGAGCGUCAGCCCGGUGCAGAUGAAUGGACUGGCCUCGUCCUACGGCGCGUACCCGAGAAUGCAGAGCUUACCUAUAAUGCCGGCUUCCGCCAACUCUUACAACGGCAUGAAUCAGCAGGUGACCCCGGGGACUCGCGCAGCGAGCACUGGUUAUCAGCUAUCAUGUGCUCGGCAGCCGGACAUGCCUGUCGUACACUGUUCCUACUGGGAAUACGGACCAGUGACCAGCAGAAUGGAUAUAUAA